AUAUUAAAAAUAUUAUUCAAGAUAAUGAAUUUUGGAAUGAAGUUCAAAACUUAUUAGUUAUUUUAAAGGUUUUAGCAAGUGGAAUUACAAUUUUUGAAGGAAAUACUUCAUAUUUAUCACAGUUUUAUAAAUG